AUGGCGUCCUCGCGGAUCGCUCUCACGACGCUUCGAGCUCGCACCGUUACCGCCCAGGGAUAUCGGCCUCUUACGACAGCGGCGUCGGCGUCGAGCUCCGCCCUCACGCCUACACAGCCAUCAGACAGCCAAACAAUCACCCUCCCUGACGGCAGGACGCUUGGCUAUGCGACCUAUGGCUCGACCAACCCGACCGACCCGACGCUGUUCUACUUUCACGGCUACCCAUCCUGUCGGCUGGAAGGCGAAGCACUGGACAAGAUCGCGCAGAAGCACGGCCUGCGCGUAGUGACUCCCGACCGACCUGGCUCUGGCUUGUCCACCCUGCAGCCCACGACGGGGCCACCACCAAAUGUCACAGACUACCCUGCCGACGUUGCGUACCUUGCAGACCACCUCGGCAUCGGCAAGUUUGCAGUCAUUGGAGGGUCUGGCGGCGGGCCGUCCUCGCUCGCUUGCGGCGCCGAUCCAUCAUUAACGAAGCGCCUCACCACCGUCGGGCUAUUCGCGGCUGCCCCGCCCUGGGAAGCUGGCCGGCAGCACAUGUCCCGCGGGCGCCAGUGGCUCGCGUGGGGCGUGGAGCGGGUCCCUUCCCUCGUCGCACUUGGAACUAGCGUCCUCCUCUCAAUUAUUCGGUUUAUCGUUGGGCGGAAGUACGUGCAGAACAAGAUCGACGCGUUCAUCGAGUCCCAGGCGGCCAAGGCGCGCGCCGACGGCGUAGGUGGAAACGAUGCACGCCCCAUGUCCGAGCGCCGCGAAUCGCUCAUCCGCGCGCUCACCGAGCCGUUCGCCCAGGGCGCAAAGUCGAUCGUGUACCAGACGCAGCUGCUCGUCCGGCCAUGGGGCAUCGACUACGGUACGAUCCCGUUCAAACCCGUGCGGAUAUGGCACGGCACACAAGACACGGCGAGCCCCGUCGUGAUGAUGCGCUGGCUUGCGGACCGGAUCCCGGGCGCCGAGAUGACCGAGUGGGACGAGGGUCAUUUCGGGCUGCUCAAGUACAUGGAUGGGAUUGUGGAGGAGGUCGUGCAGAAGGCCAAGGAGGCAGAGACGCGCGAUGCCGCUGCUGCGGUAGUCGACAAGACGGCUUAG